GAACACUAUAUGCUAGAGGAGUAUCCAAUUCCGGUGCUGCAUGCUUCACUGACAGCCAUUUCACCGAAUUCUCAUUUAGCCAACAUCAAUGAGAUUACACUUGAUAUUAGUUGUGGAUAUAUUUGG